AUGGGCAAGAAAGAUUCCUCAGCCAGUAAUAAUAUUCCAUCACUCGAAUCAGCAAAACCCAGAGACUGUGAAGCCUUGUGUUCUCACAUUGAUGAGUUGUUAUUUCAGGAAAGCCGCAAAACCAAAGCACAUAACCUCCGAGAUGAGAUUCUCUCCUUUCCCAAAGCUCCGAAUAAUAAUGAAACCAAACUUUUGGGAUCAUCCAUGACGAUGACAACAACCAGUGGCAGAGAGGACAUCGAUCGUGGCAAUUAUCAACCAAGCCCACCCUCGAAUUUCCAUCAACAAUGUUUGCAAUAUUGCGUAGCACCAAAUUCUGUAUUGAAUCUUGUUUCCUCGGAAUGCAUCAUGAAAGCAUCGAAUGAGAAGAAAGCCAAUGAAUGUCUUUCACCUCAAUCCAAAUCCUACAAGAAAACACUCAAGAAACUGUCCAAGAAAUUAUCAACCAAAGAGAAGUGA